CACUACUUCGCCAAGGAACCCAUACCAUAUCGGCAGCAUUCGGAGGGGAAGAGCCUAGAGGUUGAACACCAAAAAAGAGGCCCGCUCAGAUUUGCUCUCGGGGAUUCUUGAGAGCCACCGGUACUUGUGUUGCCUACCGUUCGGUGCAUUUCGGCCCGUAGUAUCCUUCUCGUGCCCUCCGACGGGGCACGUUCGAUUCGUUCAAGACGGCGGUCCUUUCCCCCCCAGCCAGGGACAGCCUUGUCCCUCCGCAUCUUCUCGGGAUGCAGGAUAUGCCGGGUCACCAGGCCGGGCCGAGCGCCCCUGGCCGCUUCGGCCACCAGUCGAAGCCUUCGAAUAGCGACACCGGCUUCUCCCACAGCGCCUUCACCUCGAACAUCAGUGGUUUUGCCGACAGGCAUCCGCGUCGCGGGAACAUCCCGACCAUCAACACCCAGCCGAUCCAGCAGCACCAUCAUCAGGGGGGGCCUGCCAAUGGUGCCGAUCUGACCACUCCCGGCACCGCGUUUGACAUGCAGUUCACCCCCCUUCUGCCGUCCCAGCUGCUCCUUGGCAGCCCGUUCCAGCCUGGGACUCCUGCCGCCUUCGCGACCCCCCACUUCCAGAACGUGAACAACUUCCAGCAGGCCCAGCAGCAGGGCCUCCAGCAGCAAGCGAACGGCCCGUCCAGCCCGGUCCAGCAGAAUAUCUCGCCCCAGGUGUAUCAGUCGAUCGUGUCCCCUUCGGCCUACGGCGCCCCCCAGUUCUACACGCCGCAGUCCCCGACCGGGUCGUUCAACAACGUCGGAGGCCAGCUCCCGGUGUCCUUGCAGCCUACCUCGCCCGUCUCGAUGGGUGCCGGCAUGGUUACCGGCACCAGCCGGACCGUCUACCUCGGCAACAUCCCUCCCGACACCUCCGCGGAGGAGAUUCUGGGACAUGUGCGCAGCGGCCAGAUCGAGUCGGUUCGCCUCCUCCCAGACAAGAACUGCGCCUUCAUCUCGUUCCUUGACGCGAGCUCGGCCACCCACUUUCACUCCGAUGCCAUCUUGAAAAAGCUCUGCAUCAAGGGGCAGGAUAUCAAGAUUGGCUGGGGCAAGCCGUCGCAGGUCCCGACCUCGGUCGCCCUCGCCGUCCAGCAGUCCGGUGCGUCUCGCAACGUCUACCUCGGCAACCUGCCCGAGGACAUCACGGAGGAGGAGUUGCGGGAGGACCUGGGCAAGUUUGGUCCCAUCGACACGGUGAAGAUUGUGCGCGAGAAGAACAUUGCCUUUGUGCACUUCCUCUCCAUUGCCAAUGCCAUCAAGGCCGUCACCCAGCUUCCCCAGGAGCCCAAGUGGCAGGCGCCCCGCCGGGUCUACUACGGCAAGGACCGUUGCGCAUACGUCUCCAAGACGCAGCAACAGAAUGCCGCCCAGUAUCUCGGCAUCGCCCCUGGCUACGCGCACAUGCUGACCGGCGCGGACCGCGACCUCAUCUCGAGCGCGCUGGCCCAGCAGUCAGUCGCCGCCGCCGCCGUGGCCACCACGGCCGGUGGCAUUGGCAACCUCGGCAACCGCACAAUCUACCUGGGCAACAUCCACCCGGAGACCACGAUCGAGGAGAUCUGCAACGUUGUCCGCGGCGGCCUCCUGCACCACAUCCGCUACAUCCCGGACAAGCACAUCUGCUUCGUGACCUUCAUCGAUCCCACGGCGGCGGCGUCAUUCUACGCGCUCAGCAACCUGCAGGGUCUGAUGAUCCACAAUCGUCGGCUGAAGAUCGGCUGGGGCAAGCACUCGGGCGCUCUUCCGCCUGCCAUCGCUCUCGCCGUCAGCGGCGGUGCCUCGCGAAAUGUGUACAUCGGCAACCUCGACGAGACCUGGACCGAGGAACGGCUGAGGCAGGACUUUUCCGAGUAUGGCGAGAUUGAGCUCGUCAACACCCUGCGGGAGAAGAGCUGCGCUUUUGUCAACUUCACCAACAUUGCGAAUGCCAUCAAGGCCAUCGAGGCGGUCCGUUCAAAGGAGGAGUACAAGAAGUUCAAGGUCAACUUUGGCAAGGAUCGUUGCGGCAACCCGCCCAGGCAGCUGCAGCAGCAGUCGCCUCGCGGCGACUCGCCGGCCGCGAACGGCACCACCCCGAACGGUAACUCGCCCACCGGCGGUUCUGCUGCCACUGCUGCUGCCGCCGCGCUCUUCAACACGACCACCAACCCCCUUACCAUGUAUCUCCAGCACGUGUCACAGCAGGCUCAGCAACAGGCGCAACAGCAGGCUCAGCAGCAGCAGCAGCAGCAACAGCAACAACAACAGCAGCAGCAGCAGCAAAACCACGUGCUGGCCGCUCAGCAGGCCGCGCUGUUUGGCACCGCCGCAUCGUCGCCUAACGAGCCCGGCUUGACUUUGGAGGUCCCGCAGGGCCCGGUCUCGGGCCACCAGCAAUCGGCCAGCAUCUCCAACGGCUACGUCUCCAACCCGUCCACGUCGGGUGCGACAACCAUUGGCGGCCUGCUUGCCCCUGGCAACCCUCGUGCCUCGCACAAUCGUGCCGUCAGCCUGCCCGUGUUUGCGCCCUUCGAGAACGGCGGCGCGAGCCCCAACAGCCUGCACGGCAGCGUCGGAGGCGAGCCGGGUGAGCCGCGCCGCGGACACCAGUAUCAGGCGAGCUUUGGCGGCAUGGGCGCCGGGUUCGGACUCGCGAUCCAGGGGAACCUGAAUGGGUGGGUUGAGGAGGAGGUUGCUAACUAAACCUCGAAUUGAGCUCCAGCCCACCCCCCCCCCCUUCGAUUUGUCAGUGCAGCAGCGGAGAUACGGUAGAGCGCAAAUUUGGGAACAAAUUGAGUAUUUGAUUGUAAUCUGGACCAGUUUUCUUUUGCAUUUUUUCCGGCUUUUG